UCCGCUGAUUAUCUAACUAAAUGUCUCCCCAAAGUCAAAUUUCAUCCUCAUAUUAUUCAUUAAUUCUCUACUAGGUUCUACCAUGAAUUCCGACAUGGACCCCAACGACGAUGUUCCCGAUCCCAGUCCCAGAAUCUUCGACCGUUAUGCCUCCUCCUCAGACGACGAUUCGCAGUCACCCUACCCUUCCCUCCACUCCACCAACCGACGCCUCGACUACAUGAUCCAAUUCCUUGACCGCAAUCUUCAACCGCAACAGCCCUCUCGUCACAAGUCGUCACUUCCCGAAUUCGUCGCUAAAGGCGGCGGCCAAGGCAUUUUCACGCUGCCUGAUCGGAAACCCCUCCACCCUAAUCGGCCUCCCCACCUCGAGGUUCGACCGCACCCACUCAGGGAGUCCCAAUUCGGUCGAUUUCUGAAAACGAUCAUCUGCACCGACCGGCAACUUUGGGCGGGCAGCGAGAGCGGGGCGGUUAGGGUUUGGGAAUUGAAGGAUUUGUAUGAGGAAGGUGAGGAGGAAGAGGCGACGCCGUUUAAGGAAUCAUCGGCGAUAUUAUCUAAUGGGAACGGCAACGGAAACGGUAAAGGGAAUGGGAAUACAAAUGCAGCGGUGAUUUCUAUGGUGGGGGAUGAGGGGAAUGGAGUCGUUUGGAGUGGGCAUAGGGAUGGGAAGAUCAGAGGGUGGAAGAUAGAUUGUGAGAGUGGUGGGUUUAAGGAAGGGUGGUGUUGGCAGGCUCAUCGUGGCGCAGUGCUGUCCAUGGUUUUCUCUUGUUAUGGGGAUUUGUGGUCUGGUUCAGAAGGGGGUAAUAUCAGGAUUUGGCCAUGGGAAGAUAUUCAAAAUGCACUCUCUUUGACAGUGGAAGAACGGCAUAAGGCUUCUUUGUUAAUGGGGAGAUCAUUUAUUGAUCUUAGGAGUCAAGUCGCUGUAAAUGGCUUCAGUUCUAUAUUAAGUUCAGAUAUCAAGUGCCUUCUGUCUGAUAAUAUUCGAGCUAAAGUUUGGAGUUCUGGUUAUCUUUCCUUUGCAUUGUGGGAUGCUAGGACGAGGGAGUUACUCAAAGUUUUUAACAUUGAUGGUCAAAUUGAAAAUAAAGCAGAUUUGUCAUUAGUUCCAGAUUUUGCUAUGGAAGAUGAGAUAAAGAUGAAGAUUGUUGCAAGUUCAAAGAAGGAAAAAAAUCAAAGUUCCUUUGGUUUCUUUCAGCAGUCACGGAAUGUUAUCAUGGGAGCAGCUGAUGCUGUUCGCCGAGUUGCAGCAAAAGGGGGCUUUCUUGAUGAUAGCCGGAGGAUUGAAGCACUCACUAUAACUAUUGAUGGGAUGAUUUGGGUUGGCUGCGCAAAUGGCUUGCUUAUCCAGUGGGAUGGAAAUGGAAACCGUAUUCAAGAUAUUCAGCCUCAUCCUUCUGCUGUUCUAUGCUUAUGCAGUUUUGGAUCAAAAAUAUGGGCUGGUUAUGCGAGUGGUAUUGUUCAUGCACUGGACCUUGAUGGUAAUAAGGUUGGAGAAUGGGUUGCUCACAGCAGUUCUGUACUGAGGAUGGCCAUUGGUGCUGGUAAUAUUUACACCCUGGCUAAGCAUGGUGGCAUACGUGGAUGGAGUAUCACAUCCCCUGGAACUCUUGAUAGCAUAUUGUAUUCAGAAUUGACUGCAAAAGGAUUUCUAUAUACAAGGAUAGAAAAUUUAACCAUAUUAACUGGUACAUGGAACGUUGGGCAGGGGCGAGCAUCUAAGAACUCGCUUGAAUCUUGGUUACGUUCUUCUGUUUCAGACGUUGGAAUCAUUGUUAUUGGAUUGCAAGAAGUUGAGAUGGGUGCAGGUUUUCUUGCAAUGUCUGCAGUAAGAGAAUCGGUAGGGUGUGACGGGAGUGCUAUUGGACAGUGGUGGUUGGAUAUGAUAGAUGAUACAUUGCAUGAUAUGAUGGAAAGAAAUUCACAGGAUGUGAUGAGAAAACAAUCGCAUCAGUGUAGAAGAUUUCAACGUGUUGGAUCCAGGCAGUUGGCAGGCAUGCUUAUUGCUGUUUGGGUUAAGGAUAAUCUUAAACCAUAUGUUGGGGAUAUCGAUGCUGCUGCAGUCCCUUGUGGCUUUGGGCGUGCGAUUGGUAACAAGGGAGCUGUUGGUUUAAAACUAAGAGUGUAUGACAGGAUUUUUUGCUUUGUUAAUUGUCACUUUGCUGCUCAUUUGGAAGCUGUUGGUCGCCGCAAUGCUGAUUUUGACCAUGUAUAUCGUACAAUGUCAUUUAGUCGACCAUCUAAUCUCUUCAAUGGUGGUGCUGGUAUGGUGUUGUACCCGUUAUUGUGUUGCACGCUUGCCUGCUCAAUAUAUUUAUUUUGGCAUGUUUAUAGAUCUAGCUUGCCAUUGGUCCUUUCUAUUGCAGCUGGUGCUUCGUCGGCUGUUCAAAUGGUUCGUGGAGCUAAUGCUAUGGGUACCCAGUCUGUUGAAGGAAUGCCUGAAUUAUCUGAGGCAGACAUGGUUGUAUUUCUCGGUGAUUUUAAUUAUCGGCUUGAUGAUGUGUCAUAUGAUGAAGCUAGAGAUUUUAUAUCUCAAAGAUGCUUUGAUUGGCUUAGAGAAAGGGAUCAACUUCGAGCAGAGAUGGGAGCUGGAAAUGUUUUCCAGGGAAUGCGGGAAGCGGUUAUUACUUUUGCUCCCACAUACAAAUUUGAUAAACAUGUUACUGGUUUAUCAGGUUACGAUUCUGGUGAAAAGAAGUGCAUUCCUGCCUGGUGCGACAGAAUCUUAUACCGUGAUAGUCGACGAACUUUGGGAUCUGAAUGCAGUUUAGAGUGUCCUGUUGUAUCUUCAGUAUCACAGUAUGAAUCUUGCAUGGAUGUGACGGACAGCGAUCACAAGCCUGUCAUUUGCAUAUUUUCUGUUGAAAUUGCUCAUAUUGAUGAGUCAGUAAGGAGACAAGAAUUUGAAGAUAUUGUGAGAUCAAAUGAGGAAGUUAGAUCCAAGCUUCAAGAAUUAUGUAAAAUUCCAGAAACUGUUGUCAGCACUAACAAUAUACUCCUCCAAAACCAGGACACAACAAUUUUGCGCAUUACAAAUAAAUGUACAGAAAGCGCUGCUUUGUUCGAAAUAGUUUGUCAAGGUGAAUCUACUAUAAAGGGUGAUGGGCAGACAUCAUAUCAUCAUCCAAGAGGUUCCUUUGGCCUUCCCCGGUGGCUUCAGGUUACUCCAGCUGGUGGCAUAAUUGAACCAGACCAUGUAGCAGAGGUAUCAAUUCAUCUCGAGGCAUUCCACACUCGGGAAGAGUUUGUCAAUGGUUUUCCACAAAACUGGUCGUGUGAAGACGACAGAGAUAAGGAAGCUAUAUUGGUGGUUAAAGUUCAUGGAAGGUAUUCAAUGGAGAGAAAGAAUCAUCGGAUCCGUGUUCGUCACUGUUGUUCAGCCAAAAAGAUUGAUCCUAAGCCUAGGGAUUCUGUACAAGUUCAAGGAAAUCUCCUCCACCGUUCUGAUUAUCAAAGGCUUAGUGUUUCCUACGAUGUGGUCAAUCAUCUCCGGAAUUUGCAGAGUCCAUAAAGUACCGCUGGUAAGUAGUCCACAAAAUCACAUGCCAUCACUGCUUGACGUGGUUGAUAAAGCAGCGUACCAAAAAUGUCCAGAACUCCCCCCCCCCCAACCCCCGGGAGUGAUUUUCUUAUUUUGUGUGAAUAUAAUUUUUAUGGAGUUAAGCUGGUGCCCAAUUUUUAUAAUGUCA